AUGGAGCACCAGAUCUCUAACUGCCCGCUAAUCAGCGAUGCUCAGUUGGCGGGUAAAUCAAACCCAAAACUGACCACCAUAGGAGAGACCAAGUCAAGAGUACCGGCCAGGGUGUAUUCGUUGGACCAGCAAUCGGUGCCUGAGCCAAUGGAAGUCGUGAAAGGUACGAUUCAUGUUUUCCAUCAUUUAGCCAAAAUUCUGAUAGACCCUGGUGCCACUCAUUCCUUUGUUAGCCUUACAUUUAUGCUUGGAAUUGAUGUGAAAGUUGAAAGGCUACCUUAUGACCUAGAAGUAAGAACACCUACGGGUAACCAAACUUUACUUGCGAAUGAGGUGUAUAAAAAUUGUGAUCUUUGGAUUGGUGAGCGAAAACUAGUAGUCAACCUCAUAAGACUAGCCAUUAAAGGGUACGAUGUUAUUCUAGGCAUAGAUUGGCUAGCACAUUAUCAUGCUCGGGUAGAUUGUAGGUUGAAGGUGGUCGAGUUUUACAUACCAGGUGAGGCAACGUUAAAGUUAGACAUGAGGGGUAGAUUAGCCUCAUCUGCACUCAUUUCGGGAAUAAGGGCUCAGAAAUUGCUUAGUCAUGGGGCACGCGGUUAUUUAGCUUUUCUAGUUAACACCCCGGGAAAAAAAUGA